UCCGUGAUUGAUGUCGUCAGUAUUGGUAGCCUGAAGGACGGCUACGAAAAGAAGGAAAGCAACUGUUGAAGAAACAAUGUCUAUCAUACGUUGUAGUCUCAACUGCGAGUCCGUGCACCCUAAUACUUUAUUAAUAUGCUGAACAAAUCAUUCUGUUCCCACAACAUGAACGUUACGCUUGCACGAACAUGUACGCUUCCCAUUGAUCCCACCUUGCCACAUAAUUUCGCGCGACAUGCAAGAUGGUGCCCAGAUGGAUCCUCGCUGAUCCUAGUCCAAUCUGAAAACCGUGCACUCCACGUUGUUCACCUCGACUCAGAAACGAAAACGUUCCCCCAAGCCUCACCGAUCCUGUCUUGGGCAUGGUAUCCCACCGCCUCACCCUCGACACCGACAACAUUCUGCUUCGUUACUGCCAUCAGAGAUUGUCCAAUCCACCUUUUUGACGCCUCUGACGGCCGUCUCCGCGCUUCGUACCCCAUCAUCGACCACCGUGAACGACAUGUUGCCCCACACUGUAUGGCAUUCAAUCUUACGGGAACCAAGUUGUAUUGCGGACACCCUGAUGCUGUAGAGGUGUUCGACGUAUCUCAGCCAGGCCGUGAAGGGUUUAGAAUCCCUACCACACCGAUGAAGAAGAGCAGGGACGGGCUGAAGGGAAUCAUUUCGGCAAUCUCCUUCACAUGGGGCUACUACGCUGUCGGGACAUUCACUCCUUGCGACUUCCCUAUUGCUAUAUAUGGCGAGGAAGAUGAUGAACUGGUCGGUUUCAUUGGUGGGGGACCCCACGCUGCAGUUAUACAGCUUGCCUUCACACCUGCAGGACAUCUCCUGGCUUCUUUUCGCCGUCAUUCAGCUAUAUAUGCUUGGGAUUUAUCUGCUCCUGAUGCACCGGUGGCCGUGUACGACUUUGGUACGCCUACGACGUCGAACCAGCGACGGUACUUUGAUCUACAUCCCGCGGGCCGGUGGUUGGCUGUUGGCGACGAAGGAGGCACUGUUCAUGUCUUUGAUUUGACGAGCGAGUACCGAACGUCUUUUGCGGCUCAUGAGGAUUCAGUGCCGUCGGUCGCUUUCCACCCUACAGAGUCGCUUCUUCUCACCGUGGCAGGCUCAAGACAUUUUGGCGACGUUGAUGAUGAGGAUUAUAAAGAGAAGAUGAUGAUUCCCAUUGUUAAAGACGCGUCUAUCAAAGUCUGGUCCUUCAAUCUAGAAUAACUUUGUUGAAAGGCGCGUACAUGCUGCUCAUCAAUAUCGUUCUUAGGCAGACAUGAAACCUUCACCUGUGAAAACACUAAAAUCUUAUCAUCAAGUAAUAACUCUCCAAAGUCGCCUUUCUCCUUCCCACUCUUUACCAACAGGAGCAACCGUG